AUUGCGUUUGUUUUCGCUUUGGAUGCGCGUUCAUUUUGGCAAGGAAAUGUGCUGAUUUUGCAAGGAGAUGGAGAAUAAAGAGUUCAAGCAGGCUGCAGUGGUGACCUUCACUACCGUGACCCACAAGGAUGAAACUUCCCAGACCAGCCUCACCCUCAGCAGGGGAAAGAGAAGCUACCCAGACCUACACACCUUUGUGCAGGGCAUGAAGGACGACCAUUGGAAUCUGCUGAGUGAGAAUAUGCGUGCCGGGAUGAGCAGACAUGAGUUUAGUGCCAAGUGCAUGGAUAUUGUAGCAUGGGUGAUGGAGUCUACAUCCACUGUGGUUGUUCCCGCCCUUGACCUCACCAUGCAGAUAGAGCUCUCUGAUUCGCCAAGCUCUUCUGGAUCAGGAAGUAAUGAGGCAGGAGAGGUGACCUCUCUUGGCCGCAGCGUCAGAUUCAGCUGUAGUGGAGGACCCAGCAGGUGCACCAGCGCCAGAACCGCCUGCAGCACACGCACUCCCACGCCUUUCCCCUCCUCUCACAGGUCCAUGACCUCUUUGCUAAGUGAGAAUGAAGAGCGAUAUGUCUCCUCACCUGAGGGUGGCGAUAGAGAGAUGAGACACAGACAACACUCAGCACCACUGAGAUCUGUGUUUGGCAUCUCUGAGGACUCUGUCUUCGACAUGGUCCAGAGCGGCCAGUCGCAGGGUGACAUCGUACCGCUGCCCAAACGGAGUAGACAGGAGAAAUACAGACCUAGCAAAAUGUCAACGGAUGGCAAGUUUAUGAUGGGUAUUGUCGAGUUGGUUAUAAACCUUCUCAACUCCAGAUUGGCUGAGCUAAUGCGAAGUGUCAGUCAGGGAACUCUAGUUCUGCUGACUGGAAGUAUCUCAGCAAGUCAACAGUUUGCCCAAGAGAUGCUAAGCAUGGCGACUUCUAAGAUGUAUUCCCAUGCCAUAGAGCAUAUUGCGCUCGGCCACAAGUCUCCCCUUGAGUUAGAGAGGGAGCUUGAGGCCAUCUUGGGUCCUCUGGCUGGACAGGUCAUAGUCAUCAUCAUAGAUAGCAUCAUCAAGGCUAAAGCCAACGGAGGAAAUGAGGGGAGAGCGUCCAGCCCCUUGACCUAUUUUCUAACUGCCAUUUCGGCAGAAAUACAAAGCCUAGUGGUUCACAGAUCGGCUAGCAGACCAUCCACCAGACUGUCCAACAACGACCCACUGCUGAACAUUUCCAAGUCAAAGGUCUUAAGAUCAGUUCUGCUCAAAAUGGCAGAGCUCUUUGGCCAAGGUCCAAGUGAAACCUGUCUAGUUCCACUAGUCCAGAGUCAGUCCAACAACUCAAUUUGCGACUGGACUGUGAAUGCAGGCACCAUUCAUCCAAGUACAUUUCUGUCCGACAACAGAGUGACAGAAGUGUCAUCCGAUGUUGUGGAUCUUGUACUUGAGGUUUUUUGGAUAACAGGAUUUUUGGAUAACAGGAACCCGUCAAGGCCACAGAGUGCCUGCUCCCACAACUCAGCUAGUGGAGCAAUAGAUAUGAGAGCUCUUGCUGGGGACUUGGUCAGACAGGUGUCUGUCAAACUCAGCCCAUUUGUCUCUGAGAGUCAACUCUCCACCAUGUCCAUGACAGAUCUGUCAUCAUCUUUUUCUGACUCCACCUUGAAGCAGUUGUGUUCUCGCUCUGUUGUUGCUCUGGCAACUGCCUGUCAAGCAAUCAAAACAGAGCUCGAGAACCAGAGACCUACCAACCUGGCAGCCAGAGACCUACUAUCGUCUCUGGUAGAGACCAUUGAGGACAUGGAUAUCUCUGACAUCCUCCAGGGCCCGUCGGCCAUUUUGGAGGAGGCUGCUGUGAUAAAGCACCCAGAGAUGUCCACCUCGACAAUAUACAGAUCUCUGCUUCUCGACUCAUCUCUCGCCUCCUCUAAGAUGGUCACUGAGAGCAUUAUCUUCAACAACCCAUGCCCAUCAGAGGAGAAUGUGAGUAUUCAGAAGGAGCUCCCUGCUGAUAAAGUUGACAUCCUCCAUGGUCAACCAGUGGAGGAGUAUAUUGUCAAAGCUGAGCAAUGCAUCACUCAGGUCAUUCAGGAUGCAGCUGUGACAUAUACUGCUGCGCUGGAUAAAACCGACACUUGUGGAAAACUGUCGGAAAUCCUAUCUGUCCAUGUUUCCUCAGAGAAUAUUGAGGAGGCAUCCUCUGAUCUCUUUGGUGGAAUUAUUUCCGAACUGCAUGAGGUAUCUGAGGUCAAUAAGGCCUCCAUGCGUACGAAAUCAGGUCGCAAAAUGUUCUGGGUGGAAGUGAGUUCAGGUUCCCAGAAGAUUUAUACCAAAACCCUGGACAAACUAAGGAAGCUGUUCACCUCCCACCAUCUCACUGAGGGAAAAAAAUACUCCUGUGCAAAUCGAGCUUUCUGCAACUGGACUACUUGUAACUGAGGCCAC